AUGGUUUCACUACUCCAAGAUCAAUCGAAUAUUAAGUUUUCUUCUUCGGACGCUCUGGAAAGGGACCAACAAGACCUCAUGAAGACACAGAGGGAUUCAGUAUCUCCUGUUCAGCAAACUGAUAAUCCCAGUUACAACUGCCAACCAUAUGAGUCAGACAGCAGGACAGAAAGGAGGAGUUCAGAGUCUUCUCUCAGCCCCAGCCCUGCUUCUCCAGCCCAGGAUCAAGUUCAUGGGAGAUACCCUGCAAGCCAAGGAACUCACUGUGGCAAGAACAAAUUCAAAGCAUCUUUCAGCGCUGAAAAAUUCAGACGGUACAGUUACGAGGAAAGUCCGGUAGGAAAUUAUGACAGGUUCCUCAAGAGCAACAGGAACCCCUUCCACCCUUACAAGAGGCAGAUCAGCGAAGAUGUCUUCCAGGAAGCACACCAAGCCCUCCCACCAGAAGAUUCACCUUUCAAAAAUGCUAGAAGCAUCGAUGGUUAUGAGGGUCUACCAGGAUCGACAGGUCCUGACGAGUCAGAGUCAUUUCCUACACACAUUCCAAACAUCUCCACAGAACAGCCGUGGUGUAACAACCUCCAGUACAGCACCACAGGCCAGGAUCACAGUUCACAAGUCAUGCAAGAUGCAGAUAUCAAGCUCAGGACAUCCCCAAUGGAAGGGCAGCCUGGUUUGUACUGCUACCAGCCUCAAGUGCAGCAGAUGUAUUGUCCCUCACAUCCUUUCCAUCAGUAUUCCCCAGGAGGCAGCUAUCCUGUGACUUACAUUACUUCUUCACACUACCCUUACCAAAGAAUCGCUCCUCAAAGCAGUCAAGAAUCCCAGCAGCCUCUAUUUCCCAAACCCAUCUACUCCUACAGCAUCCUGAUCUUCAUGGCACUCAAAAACAGCAAGACAGGGAGUUUGCCAGUCAGUGAGAUUUACAAUUUCAUGACAGAACACUUCCCUUACUUUAAGACAGCUCCAGAUGGCUGGAAGAAUUCUGUGCGCCACAACUUAUCUCUGAACAAAUGCUUUGAGAAAGUUGAGAACAAGUCAGGCAAUUCUUCUCGCAAAGGUUGUUUGUGGGCUCUGAACCCUGCCAAAAUCGACAAGAUGCAGGAGGAGCUUCAGAAAUGGAAGAGGAAAGAUCCAGUUGCUGUGAGGAAGAGUAUGGCAAAGCCAGAAGAGCUUGACACGCUGAUAGGAGACAAAAGUGAAAAGCUAAGGUCUUCCAUCAUGCCCUGCAGCCCUCCUGGCAUUGCAAAUGCAUCCCUCUCCAGGCAGAUGGCAGUCCAGCCCCACUCCUUAGGCGAACCCACUCUCUCCUCCGGUGGACCACAGCCAUUGCACAGCAUCCACGCACCAGGGGCUCUGCAUGUCAAGAAUCCGCUACCAAAUCUGCUCGGGGGCCAGCAGACUGCGUGCUACACAUCACCACAGGGGUUUCCUCAACUCUCAAGUACAUUAAUGCAGCAGUCACCCGACCCUCAGACCCUCUUUCCUUCUGGGGAGGCUCAAAGUGAACUCAGAACUCAGCCCAGCAUCACGCAGGAUUCUCCACUGCCAGCCCAGACACCCCCCAUGUGCGGUGUGAAGAUGCUGACAGAGCACUCCACAGCCAGGACCAUGCAGGACACACUCAUGCAGGAAGGAGAUCUCAGCAAUGAUAUCGAUGCUCUUAACCCAUCCCUGACUGAUUUUGAUCUCCAAGGAAAUCUUUGGGAGGAGCUGAAAGACGACAGCCUUGCUGUGGAUCCCCUAGUUCUCAUUUCAUCAUCCCCAACACCUUCCCAGUGCUUCCCUUCUCACUGCCAGAUGGAAAACAGCAGCAGCAGCAAUGUCAGCAUCCAGCAUGGGACUCCACACAGCAAUAUGCCUGACCUGCAGCUCACGACUCUUUACUCUGCCUUUAUGGAACUGGAUACAGUCUCUCCUGCCUAUCUAAGUAAUUCUGGAUCCAAACCUAUAGCACUAAUGUGA